GGUUUUAAUUAACUGAUAGGCGUGGCUCUGACUUGUUAGAUUUUCUGGAUUUUUUUGUGUCGUCUAUGCUCGAUUGGUCAAUCAUCAAGUUAAGGCAAUGGCUGGAUCUGCUGCAGUUGUGUUGAUCGUGUUUGUAGCUGUCGCUGCUGUAGUCGUCAACUUCUCCUUACACAAGAUUGAAGAAGGUCAUGUUGCUGUGUAUUACAGGGGUGGAGCGUUACUAAACGGUGUUCAUGGAUCAGGCUAUCACCUCAUGAUACCUUUCCUAACGUCUUACAAGCUAGUGCAGGUCACUUUACAGACGGACGAGGUUAAAAAUGUUCCGUGUGGUACCAGUGGAGGAGUCAUGAUAUACUUUGAUAGAGUCGAGGUGGUUAAUGUUCUUGAUAGGGAUCACGCUCAUGAUGUUGUGAGAAAGUUCACUGCCGAUUAUGACAAGACCCUCAUAUUUAAUAAAGUCCACCAUGAGCUGAACCAGUUUUGUAGCUCUCACUCAUUGCAACAAGUUUACAUUGAUUUAUUUGAUCAAAUUGAUGAAAAUCUGAGAAAAACUCUUCAAACUGAUUUAGAUAAGAUGGCCCCAGGUCUCUCGGUUCAUUCUGUGAGAGUGACCAAACCAAAGAUACCGGAGAGCAUUAGGAAAAACUUUGAAUUAAUGGAAGCAGAGAAGACCAAGCUCCUCAUUGCAAUACAGAAACAGAAAGUGAUUGAAAAAGAAGCCGAAACUGAUAGAAAGAAAGCAGUAAUUGAGGCAAACAAAGUUGCUGAGGUGGCCAAGAUCCAGUUUGAGCAGAAAGUGAUGGAGAGGGAGAAGCAAAAGGAAAUGUCUCGCAUCGACGACGAGACGAAAAGUGCUCGGAUAAUAGCUCAAGCUGACGCCAAUUACUACACAGCACAGAAAGAAUCGGAUGCCAAUAACUUGAAGCUAACUCCCCAGUAUCUUGAGUUGAAGCGUUACGAAGCCAUCACAACCAACGCAAAGUUUUAUUUCGGUCAAAGUAUUCCGUCACUCUUUAUGAAGGAGUGGGAUAUGGCCACAGUUGCCAAGGAAGCAACCCCUAACUCCCCUAAGAGUGAUGAAUGAUUAACGAGACGUUUUAAAAAAAAAACUUUAAUAAUGAUUAAUUGAUUGACUAUAGCGUUGAACCUUGAAAUUAUAAACUAGUUUAUUUUCUCAAAUAUUAGAACAUUUAUUUCAGCCAAAAA